CGGGCUCCACCCAAGGCCAGGCUGCGCGGAGCCCAGCCAGAGGCAGCGGGCAGGGGGCCCCGGAGGCAGCGCACCAGCGGAGCCGCCAUGGGGCUGGAGAAGGAGACGGGGGACACGAAGAUCUUCAUGGCCGAGGACAGCUUCGGGCGCCCCGGCGGCCCCGCGCUAGCGGGCCCGGAGAACGGCCCCGGCAGAGACCCGCAUGGGCUGAACACCCACCUGAAGCUAGGAUUUGAGGAUGUCCUAGCAGAGCCUGCAUCAUUUCACUCCUUUGACAAAGUUUGGAUCUGCAGCCACGCUCUCUUUGAGCUCAGCAAAUACGCACUGUACAAGCUCCUGACUCUCUUCCUUGCUAUCCCACUGGCUCUGGUUGCAGGAAUUGUCUUUGCAGUACUCAGCUGUCUGCACAUCUGGAUUGUGAUGCCUUUUGUAAAGACCUGCCUCAUGGUCUUGCCUUCAGUGCAGACUGUAUGGAAGAGUGUGACGGAUGUUCUUAUUGCACCGUUAUUUCACAGCCUAGGCCGAUGUUUUGCUACAGUCAAUAUACGCCUGGACCAAGAGUAAACAUCGGGGAUACAAUUCUGCUGUAGUCUUAGAUGGUGAUAUGCCUCUUUGAUAAUGUAACAUAGGUGCACUUAUUCAUUCAUUCCAAAACUGUUGGGAUUAAAAUAGCUGGUUUAAAAUGGGGACACAUUAUUAUUUUUUUUAAAAAUCAUUUACUUUCAGGGGAUCAGUUUAAAAUAAACUAGACUAUUUUCAUAUCUAACUAUUUUAAAUGACAGAAAAAGUGUGGAGUAUUUUGGCAACGCUUUAUUUUAAUGGUACAUUGAUUGCCAGGUUGCAGACAAAUUCAUGUGGAGGUAUAUGUGACCACCACAAUAGUAUCAUAGAAAAUUGCUGUGGCCAGUUUUGUUACUUUGAAUACUAGUGAAAUUAGUAGUGAUGUGACACACUGGGCCAAACUCACUUCUAGGGUUUCAGAAAUGGGUCUGGCCCACUAUUCAGCAUAAUACAUGGAAGGUUGUAUGCUCAGUUCUCAUUGUCAGCAGGAGUCGUGCCUGCAACUCCCUGCAUGAUACAGUACUGAUGUGCAUGGAUAAUAUUCACUCAGCUCCCAUUACUGCUUUGUAAAUCUCCCAUAUAUCAACAGAGAAAAGUUCCCCAAAGUUUACCCCUUAAAAUAAGGUGUUAGCUAAUGGUUUGAGACAAUCAGCUAAUCUAUAUAUAUUAUUUAAUGAGAUUUUAAUUUUGCUGUAUAUUUUGUAUUUUAUGUAAAUGUUACUUUAUCAGUUUUCCUUGAGGCAUUAUUUCUAAAGCAUUUGUAUACUUGCGGAAUUAUUAUGCUGAUGAAGUUUGACACUGCAGAAGAUUGAAUAAGAUUGGUGAGAUUUUACUGACUAGAUUACACAGAUCUUUGGAAAUGCUGCUGUGCAAUCCAAGUAUAUAUUAUUUUCGUAAUUGAAUGUGAAAGCAGUGCACACAAAUGUUUUCAUACAAGAUUAUGCAGAGAGUUUUGAAAUACAUAUUUAUGAGCAUUGUUCUGUUUUUUUAAUUAAAAACAGGCUGUAAUAAAUGCAACCUUGCCUGUUUCUGUGUAUUAUCAGCAACAUUGUGAUAUUUGAAAUAAUAUACACUAUUCUGGCACUUUUAUUAGGUGGAAAGCAUUCUCUCUUAUUUCAAGCAAGUGGACAUAUUUAGUAUGCUUGUCCAAUUCUCUCCACACAUUUAAUUGACUCUGGUAAAUGCUUAUUUAUUACUUUUAAAGUCUAACUAUAAAAGAUAGUUUUCCCUCCUGCAUUUAAUACAGCUUUAUAAACCAGAAUAGCGUGUAAACAAAGGUACAUGAAAAUUAUAUUGAUUUUUUUAUGGGGUGCUUGCUACUGAUUUAUAUAAAUGCAGAUGAAUAAGUUACAACUGUAAAAUGUUUAUAAUAUGGUGCAAUAUGUUUUCCUCUGAAGCAAUGUCAUACAUUCCUUAUCAUAUAUGAGGUAAAUAAUAAAAUAAAAAAAAUAGCUUUUUCAAUUUUUGGUAGCCCAAUUUACUCAAUCAUCUUUUUUUGUCUUGGUUAGAUAGAUGACCAAUCUCUAAAUAAUUUUUAAAAACUUUUUUUUAAAUGAAUGUAGGCCACUUGUGCAACUUUACAGUAACAUAUGGUAGGAGAAAGAUGGUGUAAAUGGACACAGCUCCACUGAUCUUGGUGAUGUUUCACCCAUUUACAAUAGUAGAGAAUUUGUCUCCCUAUGUAAGUUUUAGAACCACUCAUAAGUUCAAACUUAGCAAGUAAGACAGAAUACUUUCUUCUAAAAUCAUGUUAAUAUUCUCUAAAAUAGAUUUCCCAUUGAAGAACUUUGGCUACAUGCCAAAUGAUUUUGGGGUGUGGGGGGGAAACAGUACACAUUUCAUAGCAUAUGAAACAGAGCUUUAUUUAAUGAGCUGCAAAACAUUUUCAUUCACCACCCAGUAGUAAAUUAACUAAUAUACAUUAUGUAGUCUUUGCACUUCAAAAAUGCACUUUUUCCAUAGGUAGCAAUUGGAGAUGGACUCAAACCAAAGUUCUAGAACUGCACACUUUCACAUUCAAAUAUGGAUCUUAAUACACAUAGCUGGUCCCUAUUGCGCUAGUCAGAAAUUCCCACCCCUUCCAAAUUAAAAAUGUAAAUGAAAAUACGUUCUCCAAAAAUUUUCAGAUUUUUGUUAAAAAACGGAAAUAUUUUUGGCUUUUUGACAAUCAAAAACCAAAAAUUUUCACCUUUUGUUUUACCUGCACAUUUUUUACCUGCAUAUUUUUCAGAAAAAGUCCAUUCUGUAGAAAAAACUAUUUUGCAUCAAAAAGGUUUUGACAGAAAAUUGGUGACCAGCUGUAGUCCUUAUCUCUGAAAUGUGCUGAACCAGUACCCCAUCAAUGAAUAGCACUAAGCUUUGAGGAAGUCCAGCUCUGGAUCCAAACUUUGAUUGAGGCCGAGUGACAACUGAUUUGCUCUUCGUCACAAGCUAAUGGAUACAUGCAUUCUUAAAAAUAUCUUGCUGAAGUCAGCAGGGCUCUAAACUGUCAAAGUGAAUCUAGAAGACUGAUCUGGGUUGUUCUUUCUUAGAUUGAUUUUUUUUCACCAUUACUGUAACUAUAUCACAAGACAAAAAGCAAGCUUAUAAUGAAGAACAUCUCAUUAAGGAAAGUAUAUAUAGUUUUAAAGCUGUCUUGUUUCUUUUCUGUUUUAGGACCAAUAAUUUUCUUUGGAGCAGGUAUACCUCUGCUUAUAAAAGUGUUGCUUCCAUCCUUAAGAAAACUGUCGGGGGUGGGGUUGUUUUGUAUUUUGUUUUGUUUUUGUCAUGUAAAAUAUUUAUAUCUUCUAAAUUUUGAAAGAUCAGUGUUAUGAAAAAGGAGGACAGAAUCAUAGAAAUGUAGGACCUAAGUUCCCUCUAAGAUGCACACCUGUGCAGCCAUGCAGGAGGCCACCAAGGGCUAUCACCUAACUUCCCCCAGCCCUGGGGCUGUGGCAUGGUAAGAAGAGACACCUCUUCCUCUGAGCUCCAGAGCUGCAACGGGCAGAGGACUCCCCCAGCCCAGGGGCUGUGGCAGGGAGAGGUGUCUUUUCCCCAGCCACAGCCUUGGCGCUACUGUGGUGGGGGAGAAGUGCCCCUCCCUCAGCCCCAGAGCUACUACGGCAGGAAGAGAGGCUCUCCCCUAGUCCAGGUGAUGCUGCAGGGAGAGAGGGCUGAGGGGAGUCCUCUCCCCACUGCAGCUCCAGGGCAGCCUG